CUUUUACACAUGCCACGGUGUGUCCAUUUGGUCAAUUUGGUCAUCAAUAUUUAUCAAUUAACAUUAAUUAUUAAAUCUUCAUUAAAAUAAUAUCAUAGCAUUUGUUAGGGCAGGGUUAGUAGGCCGUAUGCAUCUAACACCCAUCACGAAUCAACGGAUUUAACAUGGAUGACAGACCAGCUUAUUUAAGAGGAAAAGGCCGGGGUCUGCCUAACAGCCAUACCAGUAACAAUCCUAAUUACCCAAACAAUCACAACACUAAUUGGCCUACCAAUCCUAAUCAGCCAAGCAUCAACAACAGUUGUGCUGGUAGAGGAAAACAAUAUCACCGCAACAGCAAACCAGCAAAUAGCACAUUAACUAUUGCUACUAAAAUUAAUACAAACAUUGAUAUGUCUGCUAAAUCUGGCAACAUCAAAAAACCCAUUCCAAAUUCCACUUUUAGUGAUGUUUCAUCUCCAAAUAAUAAUAAUAAGUGUGAAAGUAUUGACAGUAAUAAUAAUGAUAAUAAUUGUAAUAAUAAUAAUAAUAAUAUUGAAGUAUUUAAUGCUGCCAUGGCUAGGCACAAAAAAGCAGCCGAGAAGCAUUUAAAUUUAAAAUCAUCACUACUAUCAGAUGACGACGACGAUGAUGAAGAUGACUAUAACGAGAUUAAGAAAAGAGAUGCUGUAUUUAAUAAUAUGCUUGGCACUUUAAAUAAAGGAUCUUCUGAUCUGAUUAGUCGUACUGAUUUAGGCAGAACUGGGGAUUGUAUAAACGAGACACUGAAGAGCAAAGCUAACAUCUGCUUAAUUUGUAUUGAAACUGUCAAGAAAGUCGAUCCUAUAUGGAACUGCUCUGGGUGUUACACCAUGUUCCACAUUCAGUGCAUUCAAAUGUGGAUCAGAGAUGGCGCUUAUCAAACGUCGUCGUCAGCAGCAGCAACAGCAGCAGUAGCGACAGCAGCAGCAGCAGCUACAGCAGUUACAUCGUCAUUAUCCUCUACUCUCUUUCAUAAUAAGGAUCAUCCUUGGUUUUGCCCUAAGUGCAGGUGCAGCUACAGUCAGUUGGAAUUCCCGUCCGUCUAUUUUUGUUUUUGCGGGAAAGCCGACAAUCCCAGUUUCGAUGUCUGGCUAGUGCCGCAUUCCUGUGGCCAGGUCUGUAGGAGGAAGUUGAAACCGGAGUGUGGGCACGUCUGCUUGCUACUCUGCCAUCCUGGUCCUUGUCCACCGUGCCCACAAACCGUCCGAACCAGAUGUUACUGUGGCAAGGCUGAUCCCCAGUUACGGAGAUGCGGUUUAUCUUCUAUGUGGUCGUGUGGUGAUCUGUGUGGUAGGCAACUGUCCUGUGGCUACCACAAAUGCCCCAAUGUCUGUCACAAAGGAUCGUGCCAGGAAUGUACAAAACAGAGCCUGCACAAGUGCCAGUGUGGCAGGGAGGAGUUGGUUGUACCGUGUUCAAGUCGUGUUUGGCAGUGUCAACAGGUGUGCGAGAAAUCGUUAUCGUGCGGCCAUCACGACUGUUCACUUGUUUGCCAUUCCGGGCCCUGUCCACCCUGCCCUAAAUCGGGGUCAAGGUCGUGCCCCUGUGGGAAAACCAAGUUUGACCUCCCAUGCACGGAUGAUGCGCCGACGUGCUUAGAGACGUGCGGAAAGGUACUCGAAUGUGGCACCCACACGUGCGUUGAAAGGUGCCACCAGGGACCCUGUGGAAUGUGCCGGGAGUUAGUGAAGAAACGGUGUCGUUGUGGGAAGAAGGAGAAGGUUGUACACUGUCAUAAGGAGUACCAGUGCGAUACCAAGUGCACAAACAUGAAGAACUGUGCUGUACAUCAGUGCAAGAGGAAGUGUUGUGACGGGGCUUGCCCGCCUUGCACUGCCAUUUGUGGGAAGAUGCUGGCUUGUAGGCAGCACAAAUGUAAUAGUACUUGUCACAGAGGGCAGUGCUACCCAUGCUGUUUGAUGGAGACCCUGCAGUGCAACUGUGGCGCUACAAAGAAGUCGGUACCCUGCGGUGCUGCCAGACACACCAAACCACCCAGGUGUCGACAGUUUUGCAAAACUCCUCCAGAUUGUCACCACCCUUCUCGUCUACCCCACCCUUGCCACUUCGGGCAGUGCCCCCGCUGUACGCAGACGUGUAGCAAGCUGCUUAGCUGCUCUCACUGCUGCCCUGCUGUCUGCCAUUCUGCUGUGGAGGUCAAGAAUAAGGACAGUCAGCAGCUAUCAAUAGCGGGACCGUGGGAAAUUAAUCUGAUAAAAGAUAAAAUCGAAGUCGUCUCCAGAGAAUGUCCGCCAUGUUUAGUCCCAGUUUCAGUCACGUGUUUUGGCGGGCACGAGACGAUAAUGGUGCAGUGCUGUGACGUCAGGCAGUCAUCGUGCCACAGGCCGUGCAGCAGAUUGCUACCGUGCACUAACCACAGUUGUACCAUUAGCUGCCACGUUGUCGUGGGCGGGGAAAUUAGGGAAGGUGACGGAGUUUUAUUGGCCGGUUCAAAUUGCGAGACGUGUGAUAAGCCGUGCGCGAAAUUGAGACACGCUGAUUGCACUCACGUUUGUCCUCUGCCGUGUCACUCAUCAGACUGUCCACCGUGCACGCAGAUGGUGAGGAUGAGAUGUCAUUGCCAGAUGAUGGUCAAGCAUGUCCCCUGUCAUCAAUGGUGUAUUGCCGGUGAUUUGGGCGGUAGUUGUGGUGAAAAUUGUGGGGAUCGGAGUGGUGGGGUGGUAAGUGAGAGGAAUGCGUUGAAAUCUUGUGGAUCUAGGUGUCCAAAAAUGCUUCCUUGCACCCAUCAAUGCAAAUCCAUAUGCCACCCCGGCAACUGCCCUCCCGAUAGCGAUUGCCUGGAAAAGGUCAAAGUUCGUUGUUCAUGUGGUAGACGUAAGGUGGAGUUCGAAUGUCGUGAACUUCAAAGGGGCGGAGCUAAAGUCGACUGCAACCAAUCGUGUCAGGCGGAAAAGGAGAGAAUUAAGAAGGAGAAUGAGGAAGAAGAUAGAAGGAGAGCAAAACUAGAAGCUGAAAAAUAUAAAGAAGAAAUAGAAAGAUUCGAUAAAAGAUUGAAAGGGGAGGGGCAAAAGCGGAAACGUAGAAACUUGUCGGCCAAGGAGGACGAAGAACGGUCAUUUUUUUCAAAAUUUCAGAAAUACAUCCUCCUAUCAGGUCUCGUCGUCGUUUUUGCUGUGUGCUUCUAUUGGCUGACCUUUCAAUGAUUGCUAUAUUCUUAGUUUGUUUGUAGUUAAAAUAUGUUAAUUAUUAUGUUAAUUAGAUGAUUGACAUUCAGCUUAUACAAAUUAUGUUGUGGUUAACAUUAUAUUAUACGUGAAUUUUAAUUAAUUGGUUAUGAAUUUAAAUUUACGACAAACACCAAAGAAUAAAUAUGUUAGCGCGUUUACAUUUGCCUAAUUAUGAUCAAAUUAUUAUUUAUCUACGAUGACGUUUAAUGUGAACAAAAUAAUUACAUAAACAAAUUUAAAAUAAAAUUU